UUCCCAGCGGCCCCGUGCGGCCCGGGCAUGCCCAGUGCGGGCACAGCGGCCCCGGCCCUGGGAGCGCCCGGGCGGGAGCUGGCGGCUGGGCGCCGAGAGGCGCGGAGAAGCGGAGUGGGCCUGCGGAGGGCGAGGGACAGAGCCAGAGCCGCGGCGGCGAAGCUGCGGGGUCCCUCAUGAUGAAAGAUUUGGGGACACUUCUCUCUCCUUUGUGUAGUUGGUAGUUUGGAUUGUGAAGAGAUGGCUGACAGUGUCAAAACCUUUCUUCAGGACCUUGCCAGGGGAAUCAAAGACUCCAUCUGGGGAAUUUGUACCAUCUCAAAGCUAGAUGCUCGAAUUCAACAAAAGAGAGAGGAGCAGCGUCGAAGAAGGGCAAGCAGUGUUCUGGCUCAGAGGAGAGCCCAGAGUAUAGAGAGGAAGCAGGAGAGUGAACCACGUAUUGUUAGUAGAAUUUUUCAGUGCUGCGCUUGGAAUGGCGGAGUAUUCUGGUUCAGCCUCCUCUUGUUUUAUCGAGUGUUUAUUCCUGUGCUUCAGUCAGUAACAGCCCAAAUUAUUGGUGAUCCGUCACUACAUGGGGAUGUUUGGUCCUGGCUGGAAUUCUUCCUCACAUCAAUUUUCAGUGCUCUUUGGGUGCUCCCCCUGUUUGUGCUUAGCAAAGUUGUGAAUGCAAUUUGGUUUCAGGAUAUAGCUGAUCUGGCAUUUGAGGUAUCAGGGAGGAAGCCUCAUCCAUUCCCUAGUGUCAGCAAAAUAAUUGCUGACAUGCUCUUCAACCUUUUGCUACAGGCUCUUUUCCUCCUCCAGGGGAUGUUUGUGAGUCUCUUUCCCAUCCAUCUUGUUGGUCAGCUGGUUAGUCUCCUGCAUAUGUCUCUUCUCUACUCACUAUACUGCUUCGAAUAUCGUUGGUUCAAUAAAGGAAUUGAAAUGCACCAGCGGUUGUCAAACAUAGAAAGGAACUGGCCUUACUACUUUGGAUUUGGUUUGCCCUUGGCUUUCCUCACAGCAAUGCAGUCCUCCUACAUUGUCAGUGGCUGCCUCUUCUCUAUCCUCUUUCCUUUAUUCAUUAUCAGCGCCAAUGAAGCAAAGACUCCUGGCAAGGCAUACCUUUUCCAAUUGCGCCUAUUCUCUUUGGUGGUUUUCUUAAGCAACAGACUCUUCCACAAGACGGUGUACCUGCAGUCUGCCCUGAGUAGCUCAACUUCUGCCGAGAAGUUCCCCUCACCACACCCAUCUCCUGCCAAAGUGAAGGCUGCUGCAGGCCACUGAGUCGCCUGUCAUCCAGAGGGGAUGGGAGGGGUUGGAAGGACAGGAUGCUGUGGCAGCUCUUUUCCUUGUUUGCCUCCCCCACCAGGGAAGGCAGGACCCACCCUGCCAAGGGCCCUGUGCAUAUUCCCUUCUCUCUGAAGAAUCGGGACUUUUAUCUCUGGUGCACGUAAGGCAGAAUCCUCCUGACACCAGUAUGGAUUUUAAACACCGGUGAGUCUGAAAGGACCACAGGUUUUUCUGCAGCUCUUUUCUAGCAUUUGCCAGCCCCUGUGCCUGGACUGAUUUGAAUACUUUUUCUCCCUGUGCCAUUUACCCUCCCACCUCCCCUUCCUGCCUCCCACCACCCUUGGAUGAAUGGGUUUUUGUAAUUCUAGCUGUUGUAUUUUGUGGACCUGUUAUUUUUGUUUUCUUGUGAAGCACAUAUAUUGGAUGUGGGGGUAAAGGAGAAUCCAUUGCUCCUGGUCACUCCCUUUAUAGCCAUCACUGUCUUGUUCCUUGUAACUCAGGUUAGAUUGUGGUCUCUUGCUCCACUGCAAAAAACAAGCCUGAAGAGAUGGGACAGGAGGAAAGAUCCCACAGCCAGAUCUGCUGGGUUUUGAGGAGGGAUUUUCUUUCUUCCCCUUGAAGGGGAAAAAGCUUUUUUCACUGGUACAUUUAAAAGUUCCCCAACUACAGGGAGGUACCAAUUUUGGACAAGUGCCACUGCAACACAGAAUGCUCAGAGAACCUGAACUUUUAAACUCCAGAGGUCUUUUAAACUUUCCUUUUGGCCACUGCCGGGUCUGUCUGGUAUUUCAAAGGAAUAUUGGGUGCUGCAAAUAGGAACUGAAGGGGUAAACUUAUUAAACCCAUUAAACCUGUGA